GCAAGCGCAGGACGCAGGCGCGCAGUCAGAAAACACGAGACUCAAGCCGAGGGACGAGACGUGGGUCUGAGGUGCGGACCCGAGGAAGGAUGGAGUCGCUGAAGGUGGAAAAGUUCGCGACCGCCGACCGGGGAAACGGGUUGCGCGCCGUGGCGCCCCUGCGCCCCGGGGAGCUGCUCUUCCGCUGCGACCCCUUGGCGUACACCGUGAGCAAGGGGAGUCGCGGUGUCGUCUGCGAUCGCUGCCUCCUGGGGAAGGAAAAGCUGAUGCGGUGUUCUCAAUGCCGAAUUGCCAAAUACUGCAGUGCCAAGUGCCAGAAAAAAGGUUGGCCAGACCACAAGCGAGAAUGCAAAUGUCUUAAAAGCUGCAAGCCCAAAUAUCCGCCUGACUCUGUGAGACUUCUGGGCAGGGUUGUUGUCAAACUUAUGGAUGAAAAACCCUCAGAAUCGGAGAGGCUUUACUCAUUUUAUGAUCUGGAGUCCAAUAUUAACAAACUCACUGAAGAUAAGAAAGAAGGUCUGAGGCAACUUGCAAUGACAUUUCAACAUUUCAUGAGAGAAGAAAUACAGGAUGCUUCUCAGCUGCCGCCUGCUUUUGACCUUUUUGAAGCCUUUGCAAAAGUGAUCUGCAAUUCCUUCACCAUCUGCAAUGCGGAAAUGCAGGAGGUCGGCGUUGGCCUGUACCCCAGUAUGUCUCUGCUGAAUCACAGCUGUGACCCCAACUGCUCGAUCGUGUUCAACGGGCCCCACCUCUUAUUGCGUGCAGUGCGAGAAAUUGAGGCAGGAGAAGAGCUCACCAUCUGCUACCUGGACAUGCUGAUGACCAGUGAGGAACGCCGGAAGCAGCUGAGGGACCAGUACUGCUUUGAAUGUGACUGCAUCCGAUGCCAAACGCAGGACAAGGAUGCUGACAUGCUGAUAGGUGAUGAGCAAAUAUGGAAGGAGGUUCAGGAGUCGCUGAAGAAAAUUGAAGAGCUGAAGGCACACUGGAAGUGGGAGCAGGUUCUGGCUCUGUGCCAGGCCAUCCUAAGCAGCGACUCUGAGCAGCUUCCCGACAAAAACAUCUACCAGCUGAAGGUGCUGGACUGCGCCAUGGAUGCCUGCAUCAACCUGGGCAUGCUGGAGGAGGCCCUGUUCUACGCCAUGCGCACCAUGGAGCCAUACCGGAUCUUUUUCCCUGGGAGCCAUCCCGUCAGAGGUGUGCAAGUGAUGAAAGUCGGCAAGCUGCAGCUCCAUCAAGGCAUGUUUCCCCAAGCCAUGAAGAACCUGAGGCUGGCCUUCGACAUUAUGAAAGUGACCCACGGCCGAGAGCACAGCCUGAUUGAGGACCUGAUUCUCCUCAUGGAAGAGUGUGAUGCCAACAUAAGAGCCUCCUAAGGACAGCCUGGGGGGGGGGGGAAAGGGGAGGUGGUGCUCCCUUCAUCGAACGCCUUACCGAGGUCACACACUCUGUGAUGUCUGCUGUGUGAGCCUCCUGUAGAGAGCACCAUUGUGUUUCUGUGGGUAUAUGUGUUUCUGUGGUGUGUCGUGAGAACACUCAUUUGUGGUAGAACAGAACUGUGAUCUUAAAUACAGAAGAGGAGUUGAGAAUGCCAUCUGGCCACUUGGCUUCACCUCCUCACGGAUGAUUUUCGUGUUUAAGAUCUCAGCAUUGGAAAUAAAACACCAGGCAGCUCUCAAGAGGCAGAGGCUGGUGGAUCUCUGUGAGUUCGAGGCCAGUAAGGUCUACGUAGGGAAGUCCAGGACAGCCAUGGCCUCUGUAGAGAGACCCUGUGUCAAAACCAAAACGGAACAAAAAUAAGGUGGAAUAAGCUAAAACUUCCUCUUUGGAUGUAUAUAGAGGUGAUUGGAUAAAGGUAAUCAUUUUCACAUUUACUCCUGAACACAUCUUAUCAAGAAGCAGAUUUUUAGUUGUUCUUUUAUUUUUAUUGAUAUGUAUUAAUUGUGCUUACUAAAGUGGUUCACUGUGAUAUUUCAGUAUUUGAAUACAUGUAUACAACAUGCAGCUAUCAAAGAGCAGAUCUGGCCUCCCUUUAUUUUUCUGCCCCCACGAUUCCCCAUUUCUCCUACUCACCCACCCCAACCUAUACACACAAGGGAGAAAGUGUGGUACUUGUCUCUGUCCCUGGCUUAUUUCCCUUCAUACCAUUUCCUCUAGUUCUCUCUAUCCUGCUGCAGAUGACGUGGUUUCACUCUUCUUUAAGGCUGAGUAAUAUUCGGCUACUUACGUGCAAUUUGUGCCUGUUGGUGAGGACCUAAGCUAAUCAUAGCAUCCACCAUUAUGAAUGGCCUCACAGUCGACACGGACAGGCAGGUGUAUUUGGGGUUUACACAUUUGAUUUCCUUUUGACGUAUAUCUAGACGUGGGAUAAGUAGCUCCCAUGGUAGUCCUACUUUGGCUUCUUAGAUGAGCCUCCAUACUGUUGCUCUGGGUUAGGGACCCGACAGCAGGGUAUGAGAGUUCCUGUUUUCCAUGUUCACGCCAGCACUGGUCACAUACGGGGUUUUGCUGGCUUGGCUAUUGGCUUAACCGCAUUUUAACUGGUGUACAUGAUGCCUCACUGUCUCCGUUUCCCUGGCGACCGAUGGUUUUGAUUGUGCCUUGUUCAGAGCAGCUGCUCAUUUUGUAAUUGGCAUCUUGUUUUUUAAUUCCUCACAGGAUAAAUACACUGUGUGUUAUGGAUGUGAACUGGGAGGAUGGCUGGCAAACAAUUCUCUCAGUUCUGUAGAUUGUCUUUUCCUCUGUUGUUUUGCGUGCUGGGCAGAACUUCAGUGUCAUUGUCUCUCUGUCUUUGGUUUUGCUCCCUUUGCUUUUAUAGUCAUAUAAACCCAUUGCUUAUCCCAGCAUCUGUGAUAUUCCGUUGCCCUUUCUUAGGUGUAUUUCCAUGCGUGUCCCCAGCUCAGUUCUUGCAUUUGCUCUUUGAUCUAUCAUGAGCUGAGGUCCAUCAUAAAACCGUUCCAUUUCCAUCUCUUGCCUGCUUUCCCUGCACACGUUAAAGAGGCCAGCUACAUACCCUGCAAGGUUUGGACACCUUUGUCGAGAAUUAUCUGGCUCGGUGUGCAAACUCACUUCUGGGCUCUCUGUUCUGUCCCACUGCUCCAUGUGUCUGUUGUUACUCUAUGACCAUGCUGCUUCUGCCAUCAUGGCUCUGUAGUAUGUCUCAAAACGAGGUACCGUGAUGCCUCUGGCCUCACCCUUUCUGCUCACAAAUAUUUGGUCUGUUCUGAGUCUUUGGUGAAGAAGCAGAAUGUUGAAAUGUUGUCUUUACUCCUCUGUGAUAAAUAACUACAUGUGUUAUUACUCUCUGAAUCCCUCCCAACACAGGAAUCAUUAUCCUAAAUCCUAGGACUAGGCCAUUUCAGACAUUCCUGGUAAACGGUAAGUCUCACAUAAAAAGAAAAAGAUACUGAACUCAGCUCUUUGUGUAAAUCGUUCUUGUAUUUUAUAGUUCUUUGUGUGUGUUAAUACUUUCUUAAACAUAUUUCUUCUGUAAUUGCUCAAAUUUGUGGCUCAGUGUGUUGCUGGGCAGAGCAGAGAGCUCUACUGCCCUGUAGUAAAGUGUGUUUUCAUUCCCAUUCAAA